AUGAUUUCGGAGGAACAUAAAUUUUCGCGAUUCGAGAUGGGAUCCUGCAGAAGGACGAAGUUGAGGACGCAGGUUACAGGUUACAGGUUACAGGUGUGGAACGCGGCGGAACCCGGGAAUCCUAGGAUUUCAAACUCGAAGGACAUCCCUCCACGCCACAUCCGGAUAGUUGGUGAUACUGAUGCUUUCGAUGCGAUUCGUGCUAUCAAGAACCGGCCUAUGGAGUUGUGGAUUGGGCAAGAAAUGCCCUCGCCGGAUGGUCCUGAAUCAUCGGCACGAACUUUAAAUAUGCUUCUUCGGAGAGCCGGACUCUUUCGGGAGGAUCCGAGCAGUUUUGAUUCGAUUGUGUGUGACAAUAAAAGGCGGAAAAGAGAGAGGAGGAAACGGAGAAACAGGUCGACGCUGCCGGCCACAAACAAGCAACCGUCUCGAUAUCAAUCCGAAGGUCGCGUUAUGACCAUCACGAACCUUUGCACCAAUCAACCAGAACCAUCGUCAUGCGAAUCUAAAUAA